AUGGCUGAUCCUUUUCUAUAUAAUACAGGAGAAAGGUCUCACUAUGGGUGCCUUGGCCAUGAAGUACAAAUUGAGUACCUUAAAGCAUAUGUUUGUAGACCAUCUUUUUCCACGGACAAAGCUGUGAUUGUGGUUCAUGAUGUAUUUGGAUGGCAGUUCCCAGACAUUAGAUACAUAGUUGAUUUGAUGGCAGGUCAUGGAUAUAUAACCAUCUGCCCAGACUUCUUCAAGGGAACAAAACCCUGGACAUCUAUAGAUCACUGGGCUGACUUUCCUGACUGGAUGAAAAAUCAUGAUCCUAUGAAAGUAGACAAGGAAGCUGAUGUUGUCUUGAAGUAUCUAAAGGAACAAUGCGGUGCAAAGAAGAUUGGUAUCGUUGGGUUUUCCUGGGGUGGAAUGGCAGUACAUCACUUGAUGCUGAAAAAUCCUCAAUUAACCGCUGGGGUGUCCCUCUAUGGAAUAGUUAGAGACUCUGAAGAAAGAUACAGUUUACUAAAUCCCACGUUUUUCAUUUUUGGUGAGAAAGACCACACUAUUUCUUUGGAUCAGAUCUUCUUAUUGGAGGACAAGCUGAAACAGUAUUGUAAAGUUCCAUAUAAAAUUAAAGUUUAUCCUGGACAAGUGCAUGGGUUUGCACAACUGAAGCCAGAAGAUAUGAAACCUGAUGAUAAACCUUAUAUUGAAGAAGCUAGAAGGGAUAUGAUUGAUUGGAUCAAAAUGUUUGUUUGACGAUAGCAGAAAGAAAUGCUAGGCUUCAAGAUCAGUGAUUGAUUUAAUUUGAGAGAAGAAAACAGUCAAGGGAAAAAUAUCUCAUUUUGAAAGUUGUCAUAAACUAAAAUAGGAACGUUUUAAUUUAUAGCUUUAAAUUAUUUUUGACAAUAUUUAGGGAAGAUUGUGAAAUAAAAGUCAGAGUAAAGGAUGAUUAGGCAUUAAAACGUUUUUUGAAGUU